CAAUUACAACAGCAGCAGCAGGAGGAGCAGGAGGCGGAGAAGGAGCAACAGAAGAUCGAUCAAAUAUGCCGAAACUCUAUAAUGGUGUCUUCAAUGGACAAUGCGAUAGUCUUUCGCAACAGGAUAUAAUGGAGGCCCAACCGAAAUUGUUGCCGAAAACACGUAGCAAUAGUGGCAGCAACAGUGGCAGUGCCAGCAAUCGUAAUAGCAAGUAUUGGAUAUUCUCAAUGAUAAUUGAACGAAGUGCUGGGUCAAAACGUUUGGAAAUUGGCAAUGAUAUUGAUACCCCAUUGGAGGCCAUUCUACCAGCCGAACCGCCAGCCGAACAGGUUUGCCUGCUGCGUGACAGCCCCUAUAGAAUAUUACGGGUAACCCAUAAAACGAAAAUGAUUGGCGGCGACACCAAGGAGAAGGAGACCCCAAAGCGUGAGGUGGUCAUCAGUCCAUUGCGUUAUCUGAUAACAGGAUGCACUCGGGGCUCAGAAAUGACAACAAUUGGUCCCAUCAAUUUCCCCUUGCCCAACAAAUGGGCGCGCAUUCUGCGAAUGUCAUCAGCUCCGAAAAUACAAGUUGAUGAUUUUCUUCAGGCGGCCGAAUCCGGUAAUCUGGAUGAUUUUAAGCGUUUAUUCAUGGCCGAUAAUACGCGUAUUGCCCUAAAGGAUGGCAAGGGACGAACAGCUGCCCAUCAGGCGGCAGCCAGGAAUCGUGUCAACAUUUUGAGCUACAUACGGGAUCAAUCGGGUGACUUCAAUGCCAAGGACAAUGCGGGCAACACACCGCUGCAUAUUGCCGUUGAAUGCGAUGCCUACGAUGCCCUGGACUAUUUGCUAUCAAUCCCAGUGGACACGGGCAUUCUCAAUGAAAAGAAACAGGCACCCGUCCAUUUGGCCACAGAGUUAAACAAAGUCAAAUCGCUGCAGGUGAUGGGCCAAUAUCGAAAUGUCAUCGAUAUACAACAGGGUGGCGAACAUGGACGCACCGCCUUGCAUUUGGCUGCCAUUUAUGAUCACGAAGAAUGCGCCCGUAUCCUGAUUACAGAAUUCGAUGCAUGUCCCCGUAGACCUUGCAACAAUGGUUAUUAUCCCAUACACGAAGCGGCUAAAAAUGCCAGCUCAAAGACAAUGGAAGUCUUCUUUCAGUGGGGGGAACAACGCGGAUGCACUCGCGAGGAAAUGAUAUCCUUCUACGAUUCGGAGGGCAACGUGCCAUUGCACUCGGCAGUGCAUGGCGGGGAUAUCAAGGCAGUGGAACUAUGCCUGAAAUCCGGCGCAAAAAUAUCUACUCAGCAACAUGAUCUCUCGACGCCAGUGCAUUUGGCCUGUGCCCAGGGUGCCAUUGAUAUAGUUAAGUUGAUGUUUGAGAUGCAACCACUGGAGAAACGCAUCUGUCUCAGUUGCACGGAUGUACAAAAGAUGACACCGUUGCAUUGUGCCUCGAUGUUCGAUCAUCCGGAUAUUGUUUCAUAUCUGGUUGCCGAGGGAGCUGACAUCAAUGCCCUCGAUAAAGAGCAUCGUUCGCCUCUUUUGUUGGCUGCCUCACGCAGCGGCUGGAAGACAGUCCAUCUACUGAUACGUCUGGGUGCCUGCAUAAGUGUCAAGGAUGCAGCUGCUCGCAAUGUUUUGCACUUUGUCAUUAUGAAUGGCGGUCGGCUUACAGACUUUGCCGAGCAGGUGGCCAAAUGCCAGACACAGGAAUUGAAGCUAUUGCUAAAUGAAAAGGAUAAUAUGGGCUGCUCGCCAUUGCACUAUGCCAGCCGCGAUGGUCAUAUUCGUUCGCUGGAGAACCUUAUACGCCUGGGGGCAUGCAUCAAUCUGAAGAACAACAACAAUGAGAGUCCAUUGCAUUUCGCAGCUCGCUAUGGUAGAUACAACACAGUCCGGCAAUUGCUCGACUCCGAGAAGGGUUCGUUCAUCAUCAAUGAGAGCGAUGGCGCCGGCAUGACCCCCUUGCACAUUGCAUCGCAGCAGGGACACACUCGAGUGGUGCAAUUGCUGCUGAAUCGUGGAGCUCUCCUGCAUCGGGAUCACAGUGGUCGCAAUCCUUUGCAAUUGGCCGCCAUGUCCGGCUAUACCGAGACCAUAGAGCUGUUGCAUUCGGUGCACUCGCAUCUCUUGGAUCAGGUCGACAAGGAUGGGAAUACGGCUCUCCAUUUGGCCACCAUGGAGAAUAAGCCACAUGCCAUUUCGGUUUUAAUGUCAAUGGGCUGCAAGUUGGUCUACAAUAUUCUCGAUAUGAGUGCCAUUGAUUAUGCCAUCUACUACAAGUAUCCGGAAGCUGCUUUGGCCAUGGUCACUCACGAAGAGCGUGCGAAUGAGGUUAUAGCUCUACGUUCCGAUAAACAUCCAUGUGUCACUUUAGCUCUGAUUGCAUCCAUGCCCAAGGUCUUUGAGGCUGUCCAGGACAAGUGCAUUACCAAGGCCAAUUGCAAAAAGGAUUCCAAAAGUUUUUACAUUAAGUACUCUUUCGCAUUCUUGCAAUGCCCUUAUCUGUUUGCUAAGAUCGAUGAGAAAACCGGAGAACCGAUAAUGACAACAAAUCCCAUACCAUUGCCAGCAUUAAAUACCAUGGUCACCCAUGGACGUGUUGAGCUAUUGGCCCAUCCACUUAGCCAAAAGUACUUGCAAAUGAAAUGGAAUUCAUAUGGCAAAUACUUUCAUUUGGCCAAUCUAUUGGUCUAUUCAAUAUUUUUGGUCUUUGUCACCAUAUACUCGUCCUUGAUGAUGAAUAACAUUGAAUUGCGAGCCGAGGGCAAUAAGACAAUGAGUCAAUAUUGCAAUAUGGGUUGGGAUCAACUCACACAGAAUUUGUCACAGAAUCCAUCGGUGGCCACACAGAUACGUUUGGAUUCGUGUGUGGAGCACAUCAAUCGCACCACAGCCAUACUCUUUUGUGCUGUCAUCGUUGUGGUCUAUAUAUUGCUCAAUUCGAUGCGUGAAUUAAUACAGAUAUAUCAGCAGCGACUGCAUUAUCUAGUCGAGACGGUGAAUCUCAUAUCAUGGGUACUAUAUAUAUCGGCUCUGGUGAUGAUACAGCCGGCAUUUAGGGCCGAUGGUGCCAUCAAUACCAUACACUAUUCGGCCGCCUCGAUCGCUGUGUUUUUGUCCUGGUUUCGUUUGUUGUUAUUCCUACAAAGAUUCGAUCAAGUUGGCAUCUAUGUGGUGAUGUUUCUCGAAAUUCUACAGACAUUGAUUAAAGUUCUGAUGGUAUUCUCCAUUCUGAUUAUUGCUUUUGGCCUGGCCUUCUAUAUCCUACUCUCAAAGAUUAUUGAUCCACAACCGAAUCACUUGUCAUUCUCGAAUAUACCCAUGUCCUUGUUGCGCACCUUUUCCAUGAUGCUGGGCGAAUUGGAUUUCGUUGGCACCUAUGUGAAUACCUAUUAUCGCGACCAAUUGAAAGUACCCAUGACAUCGUUUUUGAUACUAAGCGUCUUUAUGAUCCUCAUGCCCAUUCUAUUGAUGAAUCUGCUUAUCGGUUUGGCUGUCGGUGACAUUGAGUCAGUGCGUCGCAAUGCCCAGCUGAAACGCUUGGCCAUGCAGGUGGUCCUACAUACAGAAUUGGAACGUAAAUUGCCUCAUGUUUGGUUGCAGCGUGUCGACAAAAUGGAACUUAUCGAAUAUCCCAACGAGACGAAAUGUAAAAUAGGCAUCUGUGACUUUAUAUUACGCAAAUGGUUCUCCAAUCCAUUCACCGAGGAUUCCUCCAUGGAUGUCAUAUCGUUUGACAACAACGAUGAUUAUAUCAAUGCCGAAUUGGAGCGCCAGAGACGUAAAUUGCGGGACAUUAGUCGGAUGCUGGAGCAGCAACAUCAGCUGGUGCGUCUCAUUGUCCAGAAGAUGGAGAUCAAGACGGAGGCCGACGAUGUCGAUGAGGGUAUAUCGCCCAAUGAAUUGCGUCUGGUUGCCGGUCUGGGUUCGGCUGGUGGCAAUCGUUGGAAUUCGCCACGCAUAAGAAACAAAUUGCGGGCCGCAUUAAGUUUUAAUAAGAGCCUUUAAAUUGGCCAGCUAACAGGAAGAUCUAUGAAUCUAUUAAACUAUCUAAACAUAUAUAUAUAUCUUAUAUAUUCUAUCUAUUGUCGCUAGUAGAGCGAGAAUUUUAUCAUGUUUGCACAAAUGUGUGUGUAUGUUUGUUGUUGUUGUUGUUUUAAA